CAAUAAAGCUAAAGCAAGAAUAAAAAGAACAAUAAACAAAUGAAAGAAGAUGGAAAGAUAGGAAAGAAAUACAAAGCUUCCCAACCCCACGAUUAACUAUGAAAUAUUUUGUUGACACAGACAUGGGUUUGUUCAACCUCAUCUGAGAAAGCAGACACUGCCUGAAAGCUUCAACAAGGCCUUGUUUUGGUGCAUAAACAAGGAAAGAUAACAAAGUGAAGAGCAAAAAAGCAAACAAGAGAGAGAAAAGGAAUUGUUUUUUUCUUUUUCUUUUAAAGACUGAAAGGCAAGAGGUGCUGGUUGAGUUUAGGUGUUUCUGAAUAAAGAGAGAGAGAGAGAUUCAGUGCAGCAAAUGAUGGCAGGAAACCCUAACUGGUGGAGCAUGAAUAGCAUGCAGCCACCAUCUCAGCAGCCUUCUAAUUUCUCAUCACCUCCUCCUCCUUCCCUAUUUACUCCUCAAUACGUCACUGAAUCUUCUGCAGUACUGGCUUUGAACUCCUUAGGUGAUAACCAAGACUUUCCACAAUCAUGGAGCCAACUACUUCUGGGUGGACUGCCUAGUGAGGAAGAUAGGUUUGGCGGGCGGAGUAGUCAUUUUCAGUCAAAGAGUAGUUCGGAAAAUUGGGAAGACAAAAUCUUGAAUCCAUCUUUAAGGGUUCCUGUUGCUGAUGUAAAGCAAGAGGUUGGCCAAAGAAGCCAACUGUUUGGUCAUGGAGAUGCUGAAUUUCAAGCAUGUAGUAGAUCUUAUAAUAAUUGGUCUCAACAAGUCAUGCCUGCAGUUUCAUCCCCUAAGCCUUGUGUAGCAAGUUUAUGCAGCAACAACAUCUUGGACUUCUCUAAUAACAAUGCAGAUGGGAGGAAUCAACAUCCAAAUCAUUCAUCUCAUGAGUGUAAUAAUAGCACAGCCACUGGUGUGGUAUCUAAGAAGGCCAAGGUUCAAGCCUCAUCAACCCAACCACCUCUAAAGGUCAGAAAGGAGAAGCUAGGUGAUAGAAUAACAGCCCUCCACCAAAUUGUUUCUCCAUUUGGAAAGACUGACACAGCUUCUGUGUUAUUUGAAGCGAUUGAAUAUAUCAGAUUCCUUCAGGGUCAAAUUGAGGCACUUAGCUCCCCAUACUUGGGCAAUGUAUCAGGAAACAAGAGGCAUCAACACUAUGUUGAGGGAGAAAGAAAUUGUAUAUUUCCUGAAGAGCCUGGUCAGCUGCUGAAUGAUAAUUGCCUGAAAAGAAGAGCAGCUUCUAAGCAGGAUAUUGAGGAUGCACCAAAGGACUUAAGGAAUAGAGGGUUGUGUUUGGUUCCUGUGUCCUGCACUAAUGCUGUUGGAAGUCAUGAUGAAAAUGGAGCUGAUUAUUGGGCUCCGGCACCGGGAGGAUUUUGUUAGGCAUUGUUUGGCUGCAGAUCAAUACUGCUGAUCGAAGUUUUCAGGGAGUGAUAUAACAUGAUGAGCAGUAAGUCUGCUAAUCCAAGGCUGAUUGCUCAUGAUGUUAUAUAUAAUAUAUGCAUUCUAGCUAAGACUGGAAGUACAAAGUGUCAUUAACUGGGCUUUUGUUUUGUAGUCCCUGGGCGCAUGUAUCUCAUGAUUAUUAUUUUGAAUAACUUGUAUGAUUUCUAUAUCUAUUCCAAGUUCAAGCUUAGAAUCAACUUUCACAGAAGAUUAAUAUAUCUAUUUGUUGACUUUAUAUUUUUAUAAGGGUACUAUUAAUUCCAGUUAGUGAUGAAAA